AUGUUUUACAGCCACGAAAUCCUCACCUCGCCAGAGCAUGGUGUCGCAACGAUAUGGCUAGUCGCAACGCUGGGAUCCCGGUCAAUUGCCAGAAGACUGAACCGAAAAGCCAUCCUGGACGUGGAUGUCCCCAAUGCAUGCCGAGUUAUUAUCAAUCCAGACGCACCCAUGGCCCUUCGACUGCAGGGGAGCUUGCUGCCCAGCAAUCUGAUCCUACCUUACGACCCGUCCUUCCUUCCCGAGACAGCUCUCCCGGGACUUGAGAUUGACUUGUCUUACUUCACUGCCACAACGGACGAUAGCUCGAGUCAACUUAGUGGUCUCUGGACCAAGUCGCCCAAUAACAGCUUGUCUGGCACUUCUCAACUUUCAAGCCUGCACCUUGAGCUCCCAUCGGAUGAUAUCCUGGGAGAGGGUACUAUCCUAGGGAUUGAUGAGAUCAAUAGGUCUGCGCAGAAGCAAUAUACUUUCCGUAACAUGACCGGGCUAGGAUUAGGCAAUGAAGAGGGUGUACUCCUUCAGCCUGACUUUGAAUUUGACGAGGAUGGCAAUAUCAUCGAGCUUGGUGCUAGAGAGAAGUCCCCUCACGCAAGGAAGUCCACCGUUGAUCCGAGGGAAAGUGAAGGACCGAUAGACGACCAAAAACACCAGCUCUAUGAAGACUCGGCGAUUAGAGUGGCCGAGACCAACGACAUGAUGGAGCUCGAUACCCAAACCGCAGGUCCGACAAUUCCCCAGGCAAAUGAAGACCUGGAUGGGGUUGAAGAAACAAUUGAAAUCGAAGUAACGAGGACCCGCCGGGUCACACGCCCAAAGGAAAUAAUCUCCGACGACACCACGGCGCUUCGAAAUAUGACGAUGGCUCAAUGGAACAAUGAAUACGUUGCGAACAUGACCCAAGCAAUGAAACAAAAGCAACAAAAUAAGAUUCCAACCAUUUCGAAGAAGAACGCUGCUUUCUGGGUUUUCGGUCAGGGAAUCGGCUCGGUUGGAGUCGGAUUGGGAAUGGACCGCGAACCGCAUCCACUCAGCCUCUUCUCAGGCGAGAAACUGUUUAAAGCAGUUGGUGGAUACCCUCAGCGAAAAGGGCGAAAGCGCAGCGCAGAUGACAAUGAAAUAUCAGGGGGACGUCGAGUACGUGCGAGAGACGAACAAGCCGAGCACCUCAGCCGUGAGAACAUGGACCGUUUCAACAUGGAAGUUGAAAUCGGCCGUGAUGCCCCCUCGAGUCUGUUUGACGACCACUCGUCCCAGAUGCCAUGGAACAUCACCGCUUCUAUUCAAAGCUCUCGGCAAAGACAUCGGUUGGGUAGUGUCAGCGAACUGUCUUCUCAAGGACGUAAGGCUCGAAGCCGUCUCACCAGCGCCAGUCCGCUUGCUGGGCGCAGCUAUCUAGGGGGAAAAGACCGACUUAGUCUCGAGCUCCUGGGCGAUUUCGGAGACGACCUGGAUCUUACCCGUUAUCUUGAAGGCGAGCUUGCAACAGACCGCGAGAAUAUCAGCUCACUCUCGCCAAGCAAGCGCUCCGCUCUCGAACGUGCCAAGUCAACUCUUGAUCGGGAAAGCUUGAAUUUCAUAGAGUUCAUGAAGACCAAGAUGGGAACUGCUAACGAUGGCAACGCAGGAAACGUGCAAACCCCGAGCAGCAACGUGUCCAGCCCAGUCGUGGCCAGACUCGGUCAGACCACAUUCGCGAGUCUCCUUCCUCCUGGUCGUACGACACGAGCCGUCGCGACUCAGGCUUUGAUGAACGUUCUCACACUCGCUACAAAGGGUGUAAUGCAUGUCCACCAAGACGAGUACAUUGACGAGAGCACCGAGUGGGCAAUCUGCUAUCGUUAUGGCGAGAUUUACCUGCAACUAUCUGGAAACUGA